AAUAAUCGUUACAGACCGUCUGUAACAGACGUCGUCUAGAAAACGAAAUCUUCGUCAGGCCAGACACUGGCAGUUCAUGUUGCUUAUGCAAGUUGAUUUUCGCUCCGCGCGCUAGUAUGUGGCAUGGAGCCGGGCAGCGCGCUUCUACCGCUUACGGGGAUCGACUACUAUACGUGAGGUCAAGGAUUUUAAAUGUGAAAAGUGAAUACAGUGUGUGUAUAGCAGUGAAAAAUCAUGAGACACAAAUUAUAUGAUGGCCAUAAGAAAAAAGCUUAUGAAAUUAAUCCUCGGGCUUCUCUUAGGCAUACUUUGUUCCCAAUUCUUUACAAUUUCCCAGAUAGCGAUACAAGAUAUGUGUAUAUCCAAACGCUUGAGUCCCCUAGAUUUAAUAAACGAAGAGAACCUUCGUGCCCAAAAUAAAAAUCUACUAUUUGUGGGUAUUAUGACGGCCUCAAAAUACCUAGACACCCGCGCCAAGGCGGUUUACGAGACCUGGGGGAAGGAAGUUCCCGGUAAAAUUAUGUUCUUCAGCUCUGAGUUUUCUUAUAGUGAGCAUGUGCCUCUGAUUGCACUUCCAGGCGUUGAUGAUUCUUAUCCACCUCAGAAAAAAUCGUUUACGAUGUUAAAACACAUGUAUGACAACUAUAUAGAUAAAUAUGAAUGGUUUUUACGAGGUGACGACGAUGUUUACAUGAGGACAGACCGUUUGGAGCAUCUGUUAAGAUCUGUAGAUAGUUCCAAACCCUGGUUUAUAGGGCAAACUGGUAGGGGUAAUAUAGACGAAUUCGGACUUUUAUCCCUGGAAUCUGAUGAAAACUUUUGCAUGGGUGGACCUGGUAUAAUCUUUAGCAGGGAAUCCCUAAAAAGGAUGGCGCCAUAUGUGGAGGAAUGUUUACAGAACCUUUACACGACUCACGAGGACGUGGAGCUUGGAAGAUGUGUAAAGAGAUUCGCCGGGAUUUCUUGCACUUGGUCAUAUGAGGCGAGUUCCUGCGAUUGUAAGAUGCAGACUAUCUUCUACCAUAACCAAAGCGGAGUAGAUGCCUUUACAGGAGACUUAAAGCAAAAGGAGGUCCACAGGGCUAUCACUAUGCAUCCUGUCAAACGCCCUGAAUACAUGUACAAAUUACAUGGUUAUAUAAAGGGCUUAAAAAUUCAAACAAAUCACCAAGAUGGUAUAUAUUUACAUCGAGAUAUAGCUGUUUCAAUGGAACAACUUGGUUAUUCUAAGGAUAGACUUCACAAAGUUAUAUUGGUUAAAAAUUUACCACUGUACCCUAGCAAACGCGGCAAUGAUGAAUAUCUUGGCGACACUAACAUCUUAGGAACCCCAACCAGUCUCAACAGAUAUACACCCCAAAAUCUCCAAGACGUAUUAGUUUGGGAAUUAAUUUCAAAAACAUUAUAUUCUCAUAAAGACGCCAAUCCAAAAAAGAGAAUGGGUUCUUCUUUGAAAGAAGGACUAGGAGAUGUAACAAGAGAAAUGAUGGAUAUAAUAAAUUCCUACUCAAAACAAAGAGGCAGAAUUAUAGAUUUUAAAGAAAUUUUAUAUGGUUACUGGAGAUUGGAUCCUAUACAUGGAGUGGAUCUUAUCUUAGAUCUCUUGUUGGUAUAUAAAAAAUAUAGAGGACAUAAAAUGACAGUUCAAGUGAGAAGACAUGCUUAUGUCCAACAAACAUUUUCUGACAUUGUGAUAAGAGAAGUAAACCAAAACAAAAUUGUGGAUACCUUUUUUGAUGAAAAUACACAACAAAAUUUACCGGUUCACAAAAAAUUGGUGCAUCAUUUAAUAUCGAAAAUAGGUAGAAAUUUUCCACCCCUAUUUAACCUUAUCAACCAAGAAGAGCCUGUAAUUAAUUUUAUUUUACCCAUUAGCGGAAGAUACGAAAGUUUUAGAAGAUUUUUAAAUAUGUAUGAAGAAAUUUGUCUAAAUAUGAAAGAAAGAACCAAACUUAUUGUUAUAUUGUAUAAAAAAAAUAAUUUAAUUAAUGACUUUGUCAGUAGUAAAUAUCUUAUAGAACAAGUGCAAAAAAAGUUUAGCUAUAGCGUGGUGAACGUAGUGUACAGAAAUGACGAUUUUUCACGUGGUAAAGCUUUGCAAUAUGGCGUUCAAGAAUUGAAAAAUGACGACUUGAUGUUAUUUAUUGAUGUCGACAUGAUUUUUGACAGAAAUACUUUACAGAGAAUACGGUUUAAUACUGUUAAAAAUAAGACCGUCUAUUUUCCUAUAGUAUUCAGUCUUUAUGACCCAACUUUUUGGAAUAUAACAUAUAUAAAUAAAGCUUACUCCUAUUUUGAUUCAAAUUUAAUCAACCAACGCAAUGGGUUUUGGCGACAAUUUGGAUUUGGUAUUGUUAGUAUUUACAAAAAUGACUAUGUAACCUUAGGUGGGUUUAAUUUGAAAAUAUCGGGUUGGGGAUAUGAAGAUGUGAAUUUUUUUGAUGAUGUUGUCAAUUCAAACCUCAAAAUUGUCAGAAGUACUGAUCCUGGGCUGAUACACGUUUUUCAUUCAGAAGUUUGUGACCAAGUUUCUGAUGUUGCUCAAAAAAACAUGUGUUUAGGUACUAAAGGCAGUACUUUAGGGUCAUUACAAACACUGCAAGAUUUUUAUAUGAAAUAUAAGAGGUAUUUUAGAUAAUUGGUGCUGAAUUUUAUAAAAUGCUCGACAAAAAGAAACGAAAUCAAUCACAUUUCAACGAUACACAAGAAAUAGAAACCAAAAUUAGUGUAUAAUAAUAAUUGGGGGUUGAGGGAUUGGUUAUUCAAAAAGGUGGUAAAUAAGUAACGAAAUAAUAAAGGUUACCACAUUUUUGCUUAGCUUGAAAAUGUUAGGUAACACCUUUAUUUACUAGCCCCUUCAAUUAUUGGAGUAAAAUAGGCAUAUGUGGAAUAGACCUGGUAAUAUGAAAUCAUCAGCUAAUUUAGCAUUACCGUUAAUACAGUUCACUACUGCAAUAAAUAAACUCAGCCGGUAAAAUUGCAUGACGCCUUAGAAUAACAAUUUGUAGAUUUAAUCAAUAUGAAGUUCCUACAAGAUUUAAAUUUUAGACAAAAUGCAAGUGUUCUGUUUAUAAAGGGUAUAUGCCGUUUUUAUUCUAUAUAUAUACCCCACAGCAACAUUUCAGAUUUUAGUUUACCUCACGCCGUGAUUUCUCAUUCAUAUGGCUCAUUUGUGUAUCGCCUAAGCUCAGGGCGUGAGAAAGAAAUCAUUUCGUGAGUUAAUUUUAAAUUAAGUGGCACGGACAAAGUACUCAAAAUAAAGUUUUAUGUGCCAAAUAAUAAUUUUAACCUCGAUUAUACCUGUGGAAUUGGAGAUGCGUCACUAUUGAUAGUGACGCAUCCCAAUAAUUGAAUUUUUAGUGACUAUUCUUGUGUACUGACAACAUGGGAUGACUUCGAUUCCAUACCAGUUCACCCCAUGUUUAUAGUAUGUAUGUAAGAAUAAAUAAUAAGUUAAAUUAAAUCACAAAAAAACACCUUGUGUGGGUAUUUUUUUUAUUUUUUGAGCAAUUACCCCAGGUAGCACACUGACGUCAUUUAAACAUCAGCCGGCGUCAUUUCAACGUCAUGGGAUGCCAAUAUGAAUUAAAUCAAUACACUUUUGUUAAGUAUUCUAAAUAAGAAUUGUGAAUUUUAAAGGAUCUAAGUAACAAAGCAAGAAAACUAGCUAACUUGUAAGAAACAUAAUUUUUUUUGUACGUUUAAUAAAGUAAUUUAAAAAAUAUGUUUUUUAUAUUAAAAAUGUAAACAUCUUUAAUUAAAUAAGUCGUAAUUAAUAACUUGUAAUUUUCACAAAUAUUUUUGUAAAUAAAUGUAAAAGCAAUAUUGGGAGUUAUAGUAUACCUAGUUCUCAUAUACAAAUGUUUUUAACUUUUUUAUGAGAAAAACCUAGUGUUUUGAGAUUUUAUGAAACUAUUUAAACUACACAUGAAAAGGUUCCUGUUAAUUUUUAGAUUUUAUUUGUAAAUAAUUCUUAGUUUUAGUUGUGUAUUUUAUUUAAUUAAUUAUAAUAUAAUAUUAGAAAUAUUUAUAUUUAUCUCACAGAAUAUUUAAUAACAUGUUUAUUUAUAUUUUAUGUACUGGAUGUAUUUUUUAAACAUUAUUUUAUUAAUAGCUUGGUUCAUGGAUCACUUAAGUAAUCCAACAUUCAAAACUAAUCCAUAAAUAAAGCUAUUAAUAUUUUAUGCCAAAUAACUGCCAUAAUUUGAUGUAAAUAAAAUUAUAUUACUAUAAAAGUAUGUUUGAUUUAAAAUCUGUUUUAACGAAAACAUUUAUUAAAGCGUUUGUUACAACAAAAAAUAAAUUAAUGAUAAGUUGUUACUUCUUUGCGGAUUUAUCCAAGCGACAUAUUGGACUUUUUUGAACCAUGUCUAUAUCAACUUUUGGUCCAACCAAGUCCCUGAUAUUAUUAAAACCAUAUUUUAUCAUCGUGGGCCUUUCUAACGACAAUCCCCAGGCCAGCACACAAACAUCCUCAGGCAAACCCAUGGGAAGCAACAUUUCAGGUCUAAAUAUACCCGAAUUGCCGAUUUCAAUCCAUUUUUCCAAUCCUGGAUGGAAACAAAAUAUUUCCAUACUGGGCUCAGUGUAAGGGUUAUAAGCAGGCUUAAAUUCCAAUUCUGUAAUUCCCAAUUUUUUAAAGAACUCUGUAAACACACCAAUAAGGUCGCCUAAAGUAAGGUUAUAGUCAGCUAUAACUCCUUCAACUUGGUGAAAUUCAGCUAAAUGCGUAGCGUCGAGCGUUUCAUUCCGGAAAACUUUGUCGAUACUGAAAAGUUUAGUUGGCGUAAAGGAUUCUUGCUGAGCGAUUUGAUAGAGCAUUCUAGCACUAACUGCAGUGGUAUGUGUUCUAAGUAAGUUUUUUUGUGCUUCUUCUAUUCUCCAGUCAUAACCAUAAC